AUGGCAGCGACGGACCCGAGGCGGUCUUCAAGGGCGCGAACAAAUCAAUCGCAGUCGCAAAACUCCUCUACUACCUCGACCACCUCGGGGCGCUCCGAGCGUAGCUCUCGAUACUUCAAUAAAGGCGGUUCGCCACAGAAGUCCACAUCUACAGGAUCGCUUUCCUCCGAACCUCCAGAGGACACCAUUACAGCCGAGGAUCCAUUCGGAACCCGCCGGCGCACCCGAGGUCAAGUCGAAGAGAGGGAAAGAGCGGGGAGCAAGGCCGAAGCAAUUGAUAUGGCCAACGGCGAUGACGAUGUCCAGGAGGAGGACGAGGCCGUCCGCUGCGUUUGCGGGAACGAAGAGUAUCAAGGCCCUCCGCCCUUCGACGAAGACUCCAAGCACGGUUCCAAACAUGCCUAUGGCCUUGAGCCGUUCUUCUCGGCCGACGUGACCGAUGACACCGCUGGAUUGUUUGUCCAGUGCGACAUCUGCAAAGUUUGGCAACACGGCGGCUGCGUCGGAAUCAUGACAGAGGAAUCGAGUCCCGAGGAAUACUUCUGCGAGCAGUGCCGACAGGAUUUGCACAAGCUUUGGACAGCAAGCAACGGCAAGCCAGAGAAUACGAAACGACAGAAGACGACCUCCCGGUCAGCAUCGCCGUUAUCGGACAAUGCCGACGACUCCGAUGAGGCCGGAACUACUGGGCGCAACGGGGCAACGAAAUCAAAGUCGCGGAGUGCAGCGGCCGGGCGGAAUUUGCGACUCGAAAAGGUGUCGGAGAAAGAGGAGAAAGAGCGGCAGCGGGUCGAGUCUGCGAAUAAACGGAAGGGCAAAGGCGAUCGUCGGCGAGGAGAUGACUCGGAUCCUUCCGAAGAAGUACCUUUGGCGACCCGAGCAGCUACAAACAAAUCGGCACAGGCCUCUGGGGGCUCGAAUGCGGCCGCUGCCGCUGCCACUGCCACUGCCACUGCCACCGCCACGGACGCCGCCCGGUCACCAGCAACAACGGAGCCACCGGCUGCUUCAAACCCGGCGCCGGAUACACCUCCUACAAUUACCGUUCAGACAAAGGCAGAUAAAAAGAGAUCGCACAAAAAGAAGGGCCGCAAUCAGUACACACGAGACCGCGAUGGACACGACGACGACUCGCCCGCACGGUCACAGUCGCGGGACAUUCAGAAAGAUGAUCACGGGGCGCAGGGCAGCGGGAAAACAGGUGGAGAGAGUGGUGGCAAGACAAACGCCAAAUCAAAAGGCGGAAUGAGCAGCAAGAUCACCAUGAACGACAUGAAGCGGAGAGCGGCGGCACUGCUGGACUUUAUCUCGCGGACGCAGCUGGAGCUAGCGGGCGAGUCGCUUUCAGCACCAGGCACGGCAAGUGUAAACGGCACUAAUGGCAAUUCCUCGACGGCCGCGGAGAAGCCCGCGGCCCCGUCGGAGGGCGCAGCCAACAACCCGCCUGUGCUAGCACUAGGAGAAGGGGAGAACUCUGCCCCGGAAAAGGACUUCAACGAGCUCGGCUGCAUGGAGAUGAUGGACAGUUUGACUCGGCGGUUGGUCAAGUGGCAACAACAGUACGCCCAAUGAUGCGGGUACAAGACCGUCGGCGUUUGUGGCUCGUUGUAUACAUGAAAUGGAUGGUAUUGUGGUCUGCAUUUUGAUGGCGUUAAUGGUAUUGGGGCAUGGGACGGGCGUCAAGGUGUUCUCAGCUCUUUCUUCUCUUCACUGCUCGUUCUUCCAGCGAACGGCAUCCCGAUCGAGCUCGGCCAGGGGCUAUCGCAGGUUGGGAUAGGAGCGGGAAGGGUUACUACGAUAUGGGUUGGCGGUUGUCACGGACAUGAUGGUACGGCUUGAUAAUAUAUACCUUGCGAGAGGCGGCGCUUCGGUCGAGAAAUAUGCUAAGGGAUAUCCUUUUUCGUCUUGGCCGUUUUUACUUUGGUUUCCGAUCUGUAUUCACAGGGGGGGGGGGCUAAUAAACUGCUUUCAUACUG